UUAUCUCGGCUAGCCGAUUACCUAGACGCGUUUGUUAAUAAAAGUAUUCCCGUACAAUAACACUGUGAAGCGUCCAAUACACUGAAAUCGACAUGUCCACCGACGUGAAUCUCGUUGUAAAGAAUGCCCGCCAGGUGGUGCUGGUGCGGAGGGACCCCACCCUGAAGGUGUGUGGGGAGGACAUGAAACAGGUAGACACCCUGCAGGAGGAGGACGGGGACGGGAUCAGUGUUGUAUCUAACAGCUGUGGAAAGAUAGUGUUCAUUGGAAAAGAGUCUGAGCGGAAACGGAAAUAUGUCGAGAGUGCGACUACCCGCAUCAUCGACGCAUCUGGGAAAUGCGUGUUGCCGGGAUUCGUAGACGCCCACACUCAUCCCGUAUGGGCUGGAGAUCGUGUCCACGAGUUCGCGAUGAAGCUUGCAGGUGCUACGUACAUGGAAGUUCACAAAGCAGGCGGAGGUAUACACUUUACAGUAGAACACACGCGUAAAGCUUCCGAGGAGGAACUAUAUGACGGGUUAAAGCAAAGACUAAAUUCGAUGAUGAAAACGGGGACUACAUUAGUUGAAUGUAAGAGUGGUUACGGACUCAACAAGGAGACGGAAGUGAAGAUGUUGAAAGUGAUUGACCGGGCAAGAAGGGAAAUCCCUAUUGGAAUCUCGUCUACGUUUUGUGGUGCACAUGCAGUGCCAAAAGGAGGAAAUUCGGAAGACGCCACUAACGACGUCAUUUCCGUCCAGUUGCCCUGUAUUCGGGACAUGAUGGACAGGAAGGAGCUACACGUGGAUAAUAUAGAUGUAUUUUGCGAGCAGGGCGUCUUUGACAUAGAUCAAUCAAGGCGAAUUCUUACGGCGGGCAAAAACAUGGGUCUGCAGAUAAACUUUCACGGAGACGAACUUCAUCCGCUUGAGGGAGCGAAGAUGGGUGCAGAACUUGGAGCUCUGUCGAUAAGUCAUUUGGAGGAAAUAUCUGACGCUGGUAUAUCUGCCAUGGCGAAGGCAGGUUCCAUUGGUGUCGUCCUCCCUACGACUGCUAACAUUCUAAGACUGAAACCACCACCGGUCCGAAAAAUGAUAGAUUCCGGAAUGGCGGUUGCUCUUGGCUCCGAUUUCAAUCCAAAUGCGUUCUGUUCAUCAAUGCCUCUCGUCAUGCAUCUGGCAUGCGUCAUUUUACGUAUGUCCAUGCCGGAAGUUUUGAUUGCUGCCACUCUGAAUGCCGCUGCUGCCCUAGGGAAGUCCGACACCCACGGAUCUCUAAAUGAGGGGAAAUGUGCUAAUAUGGUGGUCAUCGACGCUCCACGAUGGGAGCACAUCGUAUACCAACUUGGUUUUCACAACAGUCUCAUUGAUUUUGUUAUUUGUGACGGGAACGUCGUGUAUGAAAAGUGACUUAUGUCUUAUAUCCAAACGGUAUAUAUGUGUUGUCUGCAUUGUUAUAUACAUGUACCUAUUAGCUUUAUACAAAAAGUCAUUAAAUCAUUGAUAUCAG